GGGGCCCUGUCUGGCCUGAGGAACGAGAGAGGAUGGACGAAGCCGCUGGGGAUUUGAAGCAAGCGCUCCCCAACGUGUGCGACAGCGUCCAAGUACACGUGGAAGUUCACCAGAAACCAAGCAGUGUGGCCAGGAAAGAAGAUAUCAGGAUGAGUGUCUUAAAGCUGUUGAACAGACAUAACAUCGUGUUUGGUGAUUACAAGUGGACAGAGUUUGAUGAUGGUUUCCUUAACAGCAACGUGCAGUCUGUGUCGAUUGUGGAUACGGAGCUGAAACUGAAAGACAGACAGCCUAUUGACUUGAGCAAAAGCAGUCUUUCUCUUCAUAUUUUUCAUCUGAAUGAAGAAGGACCAAGCUCUGAAAACCUGGAGCAAGAGAAUGAGGAUAUCAUUGCAGCUAACCACUGGGUGCUACCAGCAGCUGAAUUCCAUGGCCUUUGGGAAAGUCUUAUAUAUGACACUGAAGUAAAAUCACACUUACUUGAUUAUGUGACGACAACAUUACUAUUUUCUGACAAAAAUGUUGACAGCAACCUGAUAUCGUGGAACCGAGUUGUUUUGCUGCAUGGCCCUCCUGGAACUGGGAAGACUUCUCUGUGUAAAGCAUUGGCUCAGAAACUGACAAUUCGACUGUCAUACAGGUAUAGGUAUGGACAGUUAAUUGAGAUAAACAGCCAUAGCCUUUUCUCUAAAUGGUUUUCUGAGAGUGGCAAGCUUGUAACCAAGAUGUUCCAGAAGAUUCAAGAGUUAAUUGAUGACAAAGAUGCUCUUGUAUUUGUACUGAUUGAUGAGGUGGAAAGCCUCACAGCAGCCCGCAGUGCCUUCAAGGCAGGCACAGAGCCUUCAGAUGCUAUUCGUGUGGUGAAUGCUGUACUGACACAAAUAGAUCAGAUUAAAAGGUAUCCCAAUGUAGUUAUCCUGACUACUUCAAAUAUUACGGAGAAAAUUGACAUGGCCUUUGUAGACAGGGCUGACAUAAAGCAAUACAUUGGACCUCCAUCCACUGCAGCAAUAUUUAGAAUAUAUCUUUCUUGCUUGGAAGAACUGAUGAAGUGUCAAAUAAUAUAUCCUCGACAGCAGCUCCUGACACUCAGAGAGCUAGAGAUGAUAGGCUUUGUAGAAAAUAACGUGUCAAGAUUAAGCCUUGUACUAAAAGAAAUCUCAAGAAAAAGUGAAGGUCUUAGUGGCCGGGCCCUGAGAAAACUUCCUUUCCUAGCACAUGCACUUUAUAUUCAAUCUCCCAGUGUUACAAUGACAACGUUUCUUCAGGCUCUUUCACUUGCAGUAGACAAACAAUUUGAAGAAAGAAAGAAACUUGCAGACUGUGUGUGAUACUCUAUUGUUUUAUAGUUGUCUGUAUUGUAAACACUGAAAGCUACAUACUUUUCAUACAAACUGUGCAACAUCUGUGCAUCUGUAAAAUAAAUUUUCAAAACCUUAAAAAACCCGGAAUGCCUAAUCUAGUUUUUCAAAACAUUCUUUAAUAAACAAUUAAGAAACUUUACAGCA